GAGACGGAAUGCCGUCCUGAGACAUGACCAUCAGAAGUUUCCGCUCUUUUGCAGGAUGAUGAAAUGCGGAGAUUCUGAACCCUCCUACUGGAUUCCCUGAAGCGCGCAGGGUGUCGGUAUUCUGUGGAGAGAGACCCGUCUUUUGGCGCCUCGUUUCGAAUGUAGCAUUCGAAGGGAAAGGUCAGCUGUACUUUCGCACACCUCGAGCAUAUCGUCCUGUUCAUCGACCACAAUUCCGAGGCUCGAGUCGACAGGCGACUGGACCACUAAGACAGGAUUGAUGGAGUUCCGCGUCAGAGUACCGGGGAAGCCGGACAGGCUUUUGAAGGACUUCGAUCCUCAAUCCGUCGGACUUCCGGCGGAUUUCAAGAUCACGAAUUUCGCCGAGAUGAAAGGAUGAGGUUGUAAGGUGCCCCAGGAAGAGCUGGAGAGUUUUCUAUCCACUAUCCGAACCCAACCGGCGAUUUCCCGGGGAGACUCCUCUGGAGACACUGUCGAUAUAGGUAUGGACUGUAGCGUGGUCCCGUUGGGUGAUUCUGGAUUUUCUCUUGUACAAACUAUCGAUUAUUUCUAUCCGUCCGUGGAGGAUCCCUACAUGAAUGGGCAAAUCGCAUGUGCAAACGUUUUGUCCGAUCUCUACUCUAUGGGCGUUACAAAGUGCGAUAACAUGCUCAUGGUUCUCGCGGUCCCGAAAGGCAUGACGUAUGAUGAGAGGCAGAAGGUGGUCCCUCUUCUCAUGAAAGGUCUUAACGACCACGCUAUCGCUAGCGGCACCCGUUUCCGUGGAGGGCAAACAAUUUUGAACCCUUGGCCGAUCAUCGGCGGCGUCGCAACCGCUUGCGUAAAGAGAGACCAGAUCGUGAUGCCUGACAGGGGAGUGGAAGGAGAUGUCCUGCUGCUGACAAAACCUCUCGGUACACAGGUAGCGGUCAAUGCCCACCAAUGGCUGGAAAUCCCUGAGAAGCUUGCCUGGCUUGAUGGUUUUUCCAAGGAGACUAUCAAGAAAGUUUAUUUCCGAGCCAUGGACAGCAUGGCCCGACUCAAUCGAAUCGCUGCUUCGCUCAUGCUCAAGUAUGAGUGUCACGGCUGCACGGACGUCACCGGCUUUGGUAUUCUUGGACAUUCUGAGAAUCUCGCAAAAGCUCAGAUGAACUCCGUUGAUCUGAAAAUCUUCCGCUUGCCUGUGAUACGUGACGUUCCAGCCAUAGUUCAGAAGAGCGGCAAGUUCGGCAAACUGUUCGAGGGAACGUCUGCAGAAACUUCGGGGGGACUCCUCAUGAUACUGCGGAAGGAUAAAGCACUCGCUCUCAUGAGUGAACUGAAGACCCUCGAAGGCAUGUCAUCGUGGAUCGUUGGUGAAGUUAUUGAGGGGAAUCGAAAUGCCUUUUUGGAGAAGGACCCAGAGAUCAUCGAAGUUCCUGAUGUAGACGAGGAAGGCUACCUGUGGUAGUGGAAGGAUUCACGAAAAAUCAAUGACCCUUAUCGAUGAGUCCGAGCUAUUCAGAUGUCGGCGCUCUUUGCGCUUGAGGUCUAUUUUUUCAUUCCUUAGGAAUAUCUUCAUUCCUUAGUAGUUUGGUCCAUGUCGAUCCAGAGUCACUUGGGGUACAAAGAUGAACUGAAUGGGACAAAGCGGAAGCUGCCUGUUUGGGGAUGGGAAUGUAUCCCAAAUAAAAUCACGCUAAGAUGACCAUAA